AUGCAAUUUGCAGACUUUAUUGCAGCAGUAUCGCUGUUAUCAUACUUACAAACGACUAAUGCUUGGUCUCCAACAAAUAGUUACACGCCAGGGAAAGUUUCAUGUGAUAGUGAUAUUAACCUUAUCAGAAAAGCUGAUGGUUUGGCCUCUGAAGAAACUGAAUGGUUAGCAAAGAGAGAAAGUGUUACAAAGGAUGCCUUGAAGAAAUUCUUGGAUCGUGCUACUGCUACUUUUUCAGAUAAUUCUAUUGUUGAUUCUAUCUUUGACUCUACUCAACCAAGAGUUGGUUUUGCUUCAUGUGGUGGUGGGUAUCGUGCAAUGUUUGUUGAUGCCGGUGUUGUUGCUGCUAUGGACGAAAGAACUGUAGGUGCCACUGAAAAUGGUUUAGGUGGUUUGUUGCAAGGUAUCAGUUAUAUAGCUGGUUCCUCCGGUGGUUCAUUCUUUACUUCAACUGUUACGUACAACAACUGGACCUCAGUUCAAGAGAUUAUUGAUCAAAUGAAGGACGGUGACCAUUCUAUCUGGGAUCUUUCUAAUUCGCCAACAAACCCAGGUGGGUCAGACACUGACUACACUAAUGCUGUCUUUGAAAACAUUACUGAAUCUAUCAAGUUAAAGAACGAAGCUGGGUUUGACGUCUCAUUGGCUGAUGCAUGGGGUUUGGCUUUUGGUUAUUACUUCUUCCCAUCUUUGCCAAGAGGUGGUUACAGUUACCAAUGGUCUGAUAUUCAAGAUGCUGAUGUCUUCAAGAAUGGUGAAAUGCCAAUGUUGAUCGAACUUGCCAAGGUUGAAAAAUCGGGUGAAACUUCUGUCGAUUUGAGCUCUACCACUAUUGAAAUGUCAGCUUUCGAAUUCGGUUCCUGGGAACCUACCAUUAACUCUUUCUCCAGUAUGAAGUACCUUGGUACUGAGGUUAACAAUGGUUCUCCCGUAACUCCAGGUGAGUGUAUUGCUGGUUUUGACAAUGUAAACUUCCUGACUUCUGCCUCUACUAAUGUUAUCAACACCCUUUCCAACCAAGGUGGUUUCUUCUCACAAAUGAUCCAAACUUACGAAACUAAAUUCUUACCAAAUGUCACCACCCAAGGUCACAUUGAUGUUAACAUUGCUGCUCCAAAUCCAUUCAAGGGUACUACCAACUACGAAAGUGACAGCUCUAUUGUUGACAAUGAUCAAUUAUAUCUAGUUGAUGGUGGUAUCGAUGGUCAAGUUAUCCCUUUCACACCAUUGAUGAGAAAAGAACGUGAUCUUGAUUUGGUCAUUGCUACUGACACUACUGCUGAUACUGAUGAAGUUUGGCCAUUUGGUUCCGCUUUGGUCGCUACAUACGAACGUCAAUUCAUGGAAAUUGGUAAGACAGACGCUUUCCCAUAUGUCCCAGAUACGGAUACUAUUAUCAACUUAGGUAUUAACAAGAACCCAACUUUCUUUGGUUGUGAUUCUUCCAACUUGACUGAUUUAGCUUAUGUCCCACCUUUAGUUGUUUACUUACCUAACAGAGCUUACUCCUAUGACACUAAUGUCAGUACUUCCGUCUUGACUUACACUAGAGAACAACGUUUAGGCAUGAUCCAAAAUGGUUUUGAAAUUGCUACCAGAAAUAAUUUCACUGAUGAUCCAGAUUUCUUAGGUUGUAUGGGUUGCGCUGUUAUGAGACGUAAGCAAGAAAAGCUUGGACUAGAAUGGCCAACCGAGUGUGCGCAAUGUUUCGAGAGAUACUGUUGGAAUGGUACUGUUUCUAACAGUGACACUGUUGCUGUUCCAAGUUCUUCAGUUUCUAUCAAUGGUACUUCAUCAAUUGCUAGCGUAUCCUAUGCUACAGGAUCUGCAUCCGAUGAUAACUUCAGCACAAUUCAUACCGAAACUUCUACUACUGUGACAUGUCAUGAGUGCGAGGAGGCUAAAGCUACUACCUCUGCUGUCUAUGGAGAAACUAACGUCACAACUACCGUUGAAUGUGAAGAAUGUGAAGAAGCUCAAUCUCAAGCUACCGUUACUGUUGAAUGUGAAGAAUGCGAGGACGCGCAGGGAAAUAGUCAUCACACUACCACAACAUUGACAUCGAUGACCACAACAACUCAAGUUUGUGAAGAGUGUGAAGAAGCUCAAGAGACUGCUACUGCUAUAACCACAAACGAAAAUUAUAAUGGUCCUUCCAACGGUUCUUCCAACGGUUCUUCCAACGGUUCUUCCAACGGUUCUUCCAACGGUUCUUCCAACGGUUCCGGUAACAGUGUCAAGAGCACUUCGUCUACCCCAUCUAUCCUUCAGGUCACAACAGGUAUUCCAUCCACAUCUGCUUAUGAUGUUAUGGUCAACGAAAACAGUGCAAACAACUUGAUUUUCAAGGGUGUUGUAUCAUUAUUAGCUAUUUUCGGUGCUAUCAUUGAACUAUUUUAA